GCGUGCAGCGACUACUGAAAAAAAUUGAAACCACAUAAACCCUAAAGACUGGAGCUUGUCCUCCUCUGUCGCUGAAUCGCACGGCUACUCACCUGCCAUCCCUUUCAUUGCAGAACCCAUGACGAUGAAUUGAGCCAUUAGUCCGAGCGAAAUCCAAUUCCUGAAGUAGUUUCCGUCCUUGUCUUCAGUUUUUAUUGCAAAACCUCCAGCCAUUUGAUUCCCACCAUUGUCAUCUGCAGAGAAGUGGGAAGUACCGAUGUUGAUUCCAGUCUUAUACCCACAAUUGAUUAUCGUUGUCUCUUCAUUUUCGUCACUUGAAAAGUCUCAUCUUUGUCGGUAAUGUCGAUAUUAUUUCCUAGUCUCAGGAUCUCUCCUUUGAAAUGCAGUGUUGAACUGGCUGAAGGGACUAAUUUUGUAAAGCUUAAGCAUUAGUUGUCAUGGGGACUGAAGAGCCUAGAGAUCCACUGAAAGGGGUCGAUUGGAAAGCGAUAGGCACAGAGCUUCAGAACGACCCAAGUGCUGGAACAAAGCAAGCUGUAAAGAAGCGGCUUCCCAAAAGGAUUAGGCAAAUCCCCGAGAGCUAUUUCCUUCCUAGAAUGUCUUGGCCCUCGGCGAUUGGAUUCUAUGGAGCAUGCAUUGUUGGCGGGGUUGGUGCUGGCAUGCUGGUGGAGAUGUGGAUAAACAAGAAAGUCAAAGAGGAUGGAGGAGUGAUAUGGGAGUUUGAUAAAUAGAAACAGGCCGGUAGAACAUCAGUUGCAGGGAGUUGCAUGACAAAGAACUCUCACUCUCCACUAACAGACUUACUGAAGGUGCUUCUUGCGGAUCAUUGAUCUUCGAGACGUCUUUAUGCGCACACACCUCUUGCAGACGAAUUUUCUAGUCCUGGCAUGGAUGACUCACCCUCGGUCUCUGCAUAGAGGUUUCGUUUCAAACUCCAUCUUCUUGUGCCCGUGAAGUAUAGUAUCAGAUAUUUGUGUGGAGCUGCAUUGAGAAUCAGUUUUCUUACUAGGACGGCGAGGUUAUAUCUGUUGAGGAUUUUCUUUACCAAAUCAGGAUGAGGGUUGAAAUAUGAUCUUUCGGAUGAACUGAGCUGCAGUCUUGGUUUUUAAUGCGGAAUAGAAGUCUUUGAUCCAAGUUUGAAGCGAACCAUGGUGAAAUUAUGAAGUUGUAAGAAGGGGGUGUCUUUCUGCUUUUUGCAAACUGCUGAUCGUACUAAUGGUUGUAUUUCUGUUUCAUCGUCGAUUUCAACUAUUAGAUCUCGAAUCGCUAACGGCACCUGUCUCAAGUCUUGUUCGGGUUUCAGAAACAUCUAUCUGCACAGUGUGACCUCGUUUCGCAGUAGUGCAAGGUUGGAGCGGAGCUGGUUUUGCUUGGUUCUUUCAACAACAUUGCUGACUUGUGAGAGAGAUCACACAUGUUUAUGUGGCUGCUGUUGUUAAUUGUGGAAAACCAUCACAACCAAAUUGAAACAAAAGCCAGGAACAGGUGAAA